AUGUCUUUCACCAAACUUGUGUUGCUGUUAAUGGUAUGCUGCACUGCAAGAACAGGUUUUGGCAAUGGAGUGUACAAAUUGAACAAAAGCUAUUCCUGCGACAACGAGCUGCUCUCUGAAGCAGUGAAAGAAGAACCUCCUGAAAACUCCUCAAAGGACAAAGACACCACCUACCUACCAAAUGACAGAUCUUCGUUUGUUGAAGAAAAAGAGAAGAGGACAUUGCCAUUUUCGCGCUAUAAAUAUCUCACCCGAACACAAUUAAAAAGAAAAAUGUACCAGAAUACAGCAAGGAGCAAUCGUCGAACCAAAUUCACCUUGUCUCUCGAUGUACCAACAAACAUUCUCAAUAUUCUUUUAAAUAUUGCAAAGGUUAAAAACAUGAGGGCAAAGGCAGCAGCUAAUGCUCGUCUGAUGGCAAAAAUUGGUCGAAGAUAG